AUGAAGUCACACGCACGUCCGCCUUUGUACCAACCCGACGGUGGUCUGGCAGCUUGGCUGCAAGUGGUGGGAAGUUUCUUGAUAAAUAUGAACAACUGGGGGCUGGCGAAUAGUUUCGGCGUGUACCAGGCAUACUAUCAGUUUGAGCUGCUCCAAAGCCAUAGAGCUCUUCUUCUCCUAAUCGGCGCUUUCUCUGGACCAUUGUUCGACAAAGAAUACUUUCGCUUGAUCCAGAUCUUCGUAGGCUUAGGUGUUGUCUUCGCUCGAAUGAUGUUGAGCCUCACCCGAGAUUACUAUUCGGUCAUGCUAUCGCAAGGAGUACUUCUCGGCGUCUGCCUUGGAUUCCUGUAUAUUCUAAGUGUCGCACUUAUUCCCCUGUAUUUCAAGAAGAACAGAGGACUUGCACUUGGUUUGGCAACCGCAGGCGGCUCACUCGGUGGCGUCUUGUAUCCUCUAAUCUUUCGCCAACUGCUCAAUCAUGUCGGGUUCGCAUGGACCAAUAGAGUAAUGGAUUUUCUGGCCCUAACGACGAUGCUGCUUUCGGUCGCUCUUGUCAUACCAAUCGGAGCAAUGACCGAGUUACCGUAUUUCUGCUUCAUGAUUGCCGGCCUUUUACUCUUCGCUGGGGUUCUCGUGCCGUUUUUCUUGGUCACGAUAUACGCGGAGCAGGCAUUGUCGGCUUCGGCAAAUCUGUCUUUCUACUUGCUUAUGGUGUUGAACGGAUCGCAGCUUUUCGGCCGUGUCCUUGGAGGACUUCUGUCUGACCAUAUUGGCGGAGAGAUAAUGCUGUUAGGAGCAAUAAUCACGACGGGCAUCCUUAGCUUCUGCUGGAAUGCCAUUCGCGACCUGGCAGGGUAUAUAGUCUGGCUCGUCGUAUACGGGUUCAUUAGCGGUAUGGUCGUCACGCUUCCUGCUGUAGUACUGCCUUAUCUCUGCCCGAGCAUGGCAGUACUAGGAACCAGAUUAGGUAUGGUAUAUGCGGCUGGAGGCAUUGGAUUUCUGAUCAGUUCGCCCGUUGCGCUGGCAAUCAAUGACGUGAGUGGUGCCUUCUUCGAUUCCGUAGCGGCUAAGGAAGCCUGGACAAGACGGCGACUAUACAAGUCAUCCUGA